GGGUUUGUCGGCAGUUCUAUAUAGAGCACUACAUCUUUGAGUCUUGAACUAAAUCUGCUUCUCUAUUAUAGUCUACUAUGCUUAAUGUUAUCGAUGUGUAUAUUACAGAAAUUCCAUCCAUUCUAUUGUCAAUUGCAGCUAUAAUUCUCAUAACUGGUUGUUUGUGCCUCUUAUGUGCCUCACAGACGAAGACAACACCACAACCAAUGCUGGUUUAUAGGGCCCACAGGCACAGAAGAAUAGAAUACAAAAGAACCUAAUGGGGACCGUUUUGUAAUAUGGUGAUAUACAUUAUGACUCCGUAAUUAGAGAAUCAAUAUACGAACAUGUAUGCCGCUGAAAAAGUAUUUAAAACGCUAGUGCUAUUGGAGUGCCAGUAGAUACGAG